AUGGGUGCUUGGGGAUACUGCCUCUUCCAGUCGGACCAUGACCUGGACAACGUCGGCGAUAUGGGUCAUGAACUCGGACUCUCCAAACUCCAGGAAGAUGCUCAUGCAGUUGCCAAAGCCCAGGGUAAGACCGAAGAAGAAGUAGAGCGCAGCAUCCACUAUGACAUCUACGCUCCUUGUUGCUCCGACCCCGAACUCAUUCGCAAGCACCUCGAUUCCGGUGUCCUUGUCGAAAUGCUCUCAAAGAAAGAGGCAAAGAUCCUAAAGCCACUCACCGGAUCUACGGACGAAGGGCUCGAAUACUGGUUCUCGGAUCCCUGCUACAUGUACAUCCUGCUCAGUGCCUGCGCGAUGACGCUCGGAUGCCAUCUCCCAGCUUCUUGCAUCGCCUUGCUCAAGAAGAUCUUCACCGAGGGCGGUCUCAUGCCUGAUGCUCAGCGGCAGAUGCACAAGGCGCUCUUCGGUCCAGACGGCUACAAGGACGGAGAACCGUACGACUUCGCAUCCAAGAACCUUCUCGAAGAGGUGAACGCUUCUUUCGAAGAGCGUCUUAGUAGUGGACCUGGCUACGGAGGUCUGAAUGUUGUCAGCCCGGGAGGCAUGUUCGAAACCGGCAUGACGACCUCUACCACCUCGAUCGUCGUCAAGGAACUUCGCGCCCAGUUCAACACGCCGGAUGAGUGUGGUGGCUGUGGCGUAGAGCAUAGACCGAAGGGCAAGAACCUGCUCACUUGCUCCAAGUGCUUGAACCGCAAGUACUGCUCAGUCGCUUGCCAGAAGAAGCACUGGAAGAUUCACAAGAAGGUCUGCGAGCCAGCCAAGAAGUCUCUGUAA